AUGCGAUCAGCAGACACCCUUGUCCGCCAGGCACCUGUUGGAGAGUUUCUUGCGGAAACAAUGGGUGACAUUAUCAACCAGAGCGGAUGGGGAACUUUGAACAGAAGUUUAACCGAUCAGCACAAGUUCAGCAGUCUGGAAGACAUCGACGUGAGCGCCGACGGCAGCCUCGUCCUGCGGAUUAUCAUCUCGGUGGUUUACUCCGCGGUGUGCGCCGUGGGUCUGGUAGGGAACCUUUUGGUGUUUUUCCUCAUGAAGAUAAGACAAGGUCGAAAGAAAUCCAUCAUUAAUUUCUUCGUCAUCAAUUUAGCCGUCACAGACUUCCAGUUCGUGUUGACCUUGCCUUUCUGGGCUGUGGAUACCGCGUUGGAUUUCAGCUGGCCGUUCGGCAACGCCAUGUGCAAGAUCAUUUUAUCGGUGACCGUGAUGAACAUGUACGCCAGCGUCUUCUUCCUCACCGCGAUGAGCAUCACGCGCUACUGGUCCGUCGCGUCCGCUUUGAAGAUCCCUUCUCGAAAGAAGUCCGUGUCUGUGAAGUGGGUCUGCGCCGUGCUGUGGGUCUUGGCGACCGCGGCGACGGCCCCGACUUCUAUCUUCUCCACCGUGACCGUCGUGGCGGGUGAAAAACUCUGCCUCCUCAAGUUCCCAGACGGUCAGGAUUGGCUCGCUCUGUAUCACCUGCAGAAAAUUGUCAUCGCGUUUAUCUUGCCCAUGUUCAUUCUCUCGGUGUGUUAUCUGCUGCUGCUGAGGUUUGUGCGCAAGAGGGGCAUCGAUACCCGUCAGAGAAGACGGUCGAAAGUGGCGAAGUCAGUCACGGUGGUGGUCCUCUCUUUUUUCGUGUGUUGGAUGCCAAACCACGCGAUCACCCUCUGGGGCGUGCUGGUCAAACUGAACGCUGUGCACUGGGACAAAACGUACUACAUGGUGCACACGUAUGUUUUCCCCGUGACCGUUUGUCUCGCUCAUACUAACAGUUGUUUAAACCCGGUUUUGUAUUGUCUGAUGCGACGGGAGUUUAGGAAGAUGUUGCAUAGUUUCUUUUGGCGCGUGUCCUCGCCCGUGAUCUCGAACGCUGGAAAACUACACGGAUACAGUGGAGGCAGCAAUCAAAACCUGGAUGACGCACGCGCUGGGAUUCAUUUAAACGUGAUUGACGCACGACGCUCCCAGCAAUCCAGACGACCGACCUCGCACUGAUAACAUCCAGUGGACUUGUUUUUUUAGGUUUCCUGGUGAACCAAAGGGUUGCGACGAACGAUUGUAGCUGUUGUCGUCUGUGACCGUUUUAAAGGUGUUUUAUUUGUCCAUAUACGCAGUGAAUAUGUCCAAGUUAAACCCAAUGGUUAUUAAAAGAAAAGAAAAAGAAGAGAUAUGUAGAUAGGUUUUAUCCUCAAUUUGAAUUUGCCCUGCUAUGUAUUCGUAUUUCCGUUGUCACUUUUUGUGUGAUAGUAAACUCACAAUAUGUAUAUUUGAUAUGCAGAUGUGAAUGUGUAACAUGAAAUGUAAAUAUAUUCCGAUGCUUUCAAAGCUACGAUUUAUUGAUAUGAAUUGCAUACUAUUGCAUACAAGGGAUACUCCACUUAAAAUUAAAAUUCUCUACUC